AGCGGCAUGGGUGAGCGUGCAACACGAGGCCUAGGUUUUAGUUGCUGUAUUUCCUUAGCGUUCGUUAUAUUGUUAUAUCGAUUCCUUAUCGUAUCGAUCUUACGUUAGCCUUCUAGUGGAUGUUGAGUUGUAUCAAAUAGUCGCUUUAUAUGCUGUCCGUACCAGGACGCUGUUCAGCUGUCUACCAUCUCCGAUCCUGAGCUGGGAUAUUUCGUGUACUACUUCCAAUCAAUGACUGCUAUUUGGCAGGCAUGAUAGCACAGUCCGUACUCCAACAAGUGACUGAAAUGCUGGGGGAGUAUCCCAGACUUGACGGUCGAGCGACAAGAACUGGUCCUGUAAGAGCGCGAGGUGGUUACGGAGAUGUUUACAGAGGGAUUCAUGCAAACAGUACCGUAGUGUGCAUAAAGGUCUUCAGACGAGAACAGGUGGAUUUUUCAUGUAUCGAAAGCGAUUUCGUCUCGCGAUUUGUUCACGAGAUUAAAGUUUGGGGCCCGUUAAAGCACCAACAUGUUGUGCAGUUUCACGGAUGGCUUCUCUAUGACCCGCCGACAACGGAACAACCAACUCCGAGCUUAGUGUCAAACUGGUGCAAGGGUGGAAACAUACUAGUUUUUCUCGACAGACGGCCCGAUGCUAAUCGUUCGUCCCUGAUUCGAGGCAUUGCGAAAGGCCUUGCAUAUCUGCAUUCGGAGUCCGUAGUGCACGGAGACAUCAAACCACCCAAUGUUGUAGUCGACGGAAAUGGGGUCCCACAACUGUGUGAUUUUGGGACGUCCUUCGUUCUAUCUCAACCCACUAUAGCUAGGCAGACAAGCGCGAAGACAUGGCGGUAUGCGGCCCCAGAGUUAUUCGAGUUCGGGUCGUCUUCUCGUGCUGCGGCCAGCGACGUCUGGGCUUACGGGUGUUCGGCCAUGCAGGUACAGAUAAACCAAUCAUGUGUAGUUUACUGAACUGACAUUCACCUUGAGAUUCUCCGCGACAGGGUCCCAUACAAGGAUAUCUCGGAAGUUGCGAUUGCUUCGGUUAUUGAGAAAAGACCGCCCUUCGAGCCAAUCUCUUCAUCCCCAAUAGAGAAAGAGCUCAGCACUUGCCUUAAUUGCGACCCUCAACUUCGUCCUGACAUAGUGACUCUCCUCCAACGUCUCGAGUGAGUA